AUGACGGCGGGCUGCGGGGAGACCGACGACGCUUUGGAGUCGUGUCUGUACAGCGACCCGUCGAAGCUGACGGCCCCCAUCAAAACGCUCAAGGACAAGUACGAGAUGCUGCCGGCAUUCCUCCGCACAAAGGGCCUCAUGAAGCAGCACAUCGACUCGUUCAACUACUUCAUCACGCGAGAAAUGAAGCAAAUCAUCCGCGCCAAAGGCAACGAGAAAGUCACCAUCGACAGCGACCCGAACUUCUUCCUCAAGUACCUCGACAUCCACGUGGGCAAGCCCUGCAUCGAGGGGGACAACUUCUGGACCGAAGACAUCACCCCGCAGCAGUGCCGCCUGCGCGACAUCACCUACGCUGCGCCCAUCACGGUGGACGUGGAGUACACGCGCGGGCGCGAGCUGAUCACGAGGCGGGGCGUCGCGAUCGGCCGGCUGCCGCUGAUGCUGCGGUGCGUGCGGUGCGUGCUCCACAACAGGACCGACGAGCAGCUGGCCGACCUGGGGGAGUGUCCGCUGGACACGGGGGGGUAUUUCGUGGUCCGCGGCACGGAGAAGGCCAUCCUGAUCCAGGAACAGCUCUCGAAGAACCGCAUCAUCGUGAACAUGGACCCCGGGGGACUCCCAGUCGCGUCAGUAACGUCGUCGACGCACGAGCGCAAGUCGAAGACGAACCUGGUCAUGAAGGGCGGGCGGAUCUCGCUGAAGCACAACGCCUUCGCCAAGGACGUGCCCCUGGUCGCCGUCCUGCGCGCGAUGGGCAUGCAGACCGACCAAGAGAUCAUGCAAGCCGUGGCGUCGGAGCCCGAGAUAUGCCAGCUGCUGGUGCCGUCGAUCGACGAGUGCCACGAGAAGGGCGUGUACACGGAGGACCAGGCGCUGGCGUACCUCGGGGAGCACGUCAAGAUGGCUCGGGUGGGCGCGCGGGCCCGGCGGACGCGGGUCGAGGAGGUCCGCGACGUUCUGGCGGGCGUGGUUCUCGCGCACGUCCCCGUCGUCGCGUUCGAUUUUCGUCCAAAGGCCCUUUACAUGUGCAACAUGGCGCGGCGCAUGCUGCUGGCGCUGGUGGACCCGAGCCAGGUGGACGACAUGGACUACUACGGGAACAAGCGGCUCGAGCUGGCCGGGCAGCUCAUCUCGCUCCUGUUCGAGGACUUGUUCAAGAAAAUGAAUCAUGAUCUGAGGAGAGAAGUGGAGGCCGAGUCCUCCAAGCGCGGCCGCGCGGCGACCGUCGACGCGAUCAAGUACAUCCACCAGGCCACGAUCGCGCAGGGCCUCGAGAGCGCGAUCUCGUCCGGCAACUGGACGAUCAAACGCUUCCGCAUGCAGCGAAAGGGCAUGACGCAGGUGCUGAGCCGGCUGUCGUUCAUCGCCGCGAUGGGCAUGAUGACGCGGAUCAACUCGCAGUUCGAGAAAACGCGCAAGGUCUCCGGCCCGCGCAGCCUCCAGCCCAGCCAGUGGGGGGUCAUCUGCCCCGCUGACACACCCGAGGGGGAGUCUUGUGGUCUGGUCAAGAACCUGGCGCUCAUGGCGCACAUCACCGCCGACCACGAGGAGGGCCCGCUCGCGCGGCUCAUGUUCAUCCUCGGCGUGCAGCCCGUCGCGGGGAUGUGCGCUGCGGAGCCGCACGGCCGCGGCCUCGCCAACGUCAUGCUGAACGGCGCCAUCGUCGGCACGCACCGCGAGCCCGUGCGGCUCGUGCGGCAGCUCCGCGCGCUCCGGCGGUGCGGGCGGCUCGGCAUGUACGUGUCGGUGUACGUGUCGGGCCCGCGCGUCAACGUCGCGUGCGACGGCGGCCGCGUGUGCCGCCCGCUGAUCAUCGUCGAGGAGGGGCGGCCGCGCGUGACGCAGGCGCACAUCGACGCGCUGAAACGCUCGGAGCUGACCUUCGCGGACUUCCUCCGCAUGGGUCUGGUCGAGUGGAUCGACGUGAACGAGGAGAACAACUGCCUCGUCGCGCUGCACGACACCGACGUCACGCUGGCGCACACGCACCUCGAGAUCGAGCCGUUCACGAUCAUGGGCGUGUGCGCGGGGCUGAUUCCGUACCCGCACCACAACCAGUCGCCGCGGAACACGUACCAGUGCGCGAUGGGCAAGCAGGCAAUGGGAAAUAUAGCACUGAACCAACUCAACCGCAUGGACACGCUGCUCUAUCUCCUGUGCUACCCGAUGAAGCCGCUGCUGACGACCAAGACGAUCGAGCUGUGCGGGUUCGACCGCCUCGGCGCCGGCCAGAACGCCAUCGUCGCGGUCAUGAGCUACUCGGGAUACGACAUUGAGGACUCCAUCAUCAUGAAUCGAGCGUCUCUCGACCGGGGAUUCGGCAGGUGCAUCGUGCUGAAGAAGCACGGGAUCAGCAUGAAGGCCCGGCGCUCGUCGCUGGUGCAGCAGCCGAGCGACCGCAUCGACCCCCCCGAGAUCCGCCCGGGCCACACGCGUCCCACGGGGGCGCUCAAGUGCCUCGACGUCGACGGGCUGCCGCAGGUGGGCGGGAAGAUCUACCCGGGCGACAUCUACAUCAACCGCUCGAUCCCCGUGAACGCCAAGGAGGUCGCCGCGGGCCCCCCCGGCGCGCCCGUGCAGUACAAGCGCGCCCCGCUGGCAUGGAAGGGCCCGGCGGGGGAGCACGGCGUGGUGGACCGCGUGCUGCUGACGACGAACGAGAUGGGCGACAUGGUCUUCAAGGUCCUGCUGCGGCACACGCGGCGGCCCGAGCUCGGCGACAAGUUCAGCUCUCGGCACGGACAGAAGGGGGUGGUGGGCAAUAUUGUACCUCAGGGGGACAUGCCGUUCAGCGAGCGGGGGAUCUGCCCGGACCUGAUCAUGAACCCGCACGGGUUCCCGUCGCGGAUGACGGUCGGGAAGAUGCUGGAGCUGAUGGGGUCGAAGGCGGCGGUGCACGAGGGACGCGCCUUUUACGGCACGGCGUUCGGGGAGCCGAGCGGGCUGGCGAACAAGAUCGAGGACAUCUCUGCGGCGCUCGUGGAGCACGGGUUCUCGUACUCGGGCAAGGACAUGCUCACUUCGGGCGUCACAGGAGAGCCCCUGGAGGCUUAUAUCUUCAUGGGCCCGGUUUACUAUCAAAAGCUCAAGCACAUGGUGCUGGACAAGAUGCACGCGAGGGCGCGAGGGCCGAGGGUGCCGCUCACGCGGCAGCCGACGGAGGGGCGCGCGCGCGAUGGCGGGCUCCGGCUCGGCGAGAUGGAGCGCGACUGCUUGGUCGGCUACGGCGCGUCCAUGUUGCUCUUGGAACGGCUGAUGAUAUCUUCCGACGAAUUCGAAGUCCACGUCUGCCCGCGGUGCAAAUCGCUCGGAUACUACGACCACAAGCUCAAGGCGCCGACCUGCGGCAGCUGCCAGCGCGCCGACGGCAUCACGAGCAUGAAGCUGCCCUAUGCCUGCAAGCUUUUGUUCCAGGAGCUGCAGAGCAUGAAUAUCAUGCCUCGAUUGACUGUCGAAUGA